AUGGCUUCUUCGGGAGCAGCCGGAUACGAUAUUUUUUGUACUAAAGGCUUUCAAAUAAACCCCCAUGAGCAAAAAGUAAUUUUCACCGAUAUAGCCUUGGAAAUCCCAAUGAACUGUUAUGCUAGAAUAGCUCCAAAAUCUUCUAUUUCUUUAAACAAUAUCAUGAUCAAUGCAGGAGUUAUUGACUUCGACUACCGUGGAAAUAUUGGAGUUGUUAUGUAUAAUUAUGGAUCAGAAACUAUCAUUUUCGAAAAAGGAUUGGCCAUUGCCCAAAUAAUUUUCGAACUAAUAAUGCAUCCUAGUUUAAUAGAAAAAACUGAUUCAUUAAACGCCACCGACAGAAACGAAAAAGGAUUCAGGGAAUAUAGCAAAAUUGCUUUUAAAGAUUUUGAGGAUUCUGAAGAAGAAAGUGAUAUUACUGAAAAAGAAAGCGACAUUUCUGAAAAAGAAAAUGAUGAUGAUGAAAUUACCUUAUCUCAUGAAAAAGAAGAAGAAGAUGAUUUUAACUGUGAUGAAGAUACUCAUGAUGAUUUUAACUGCAUUGAUCUAUCUCAAAAGAUAGAUUGUUGUAACGAAAUUAUUUUAUCUGAAAAAGAAGAUUUUGGAGAUUGUGGGAAAAAUUAACUUUUUUCUCAAAAAAUAAUGUACUCUAAGUAAUGUACUCAAUUAUGGAGAAAAUUAACUUUUUUCUCAAAAAAUAAUGUAAUGUACUCAAUUAUUUUUUACUUAAAUUGUAAUAUACUCAAUUAAUCGAGUUUCAAAAAAUAAUGUACUUAAGUAAUGUACUCAAUUAUGGAGAAAAUUAACUUUUUUCUCAAAAAAUAAUAUAAUGUACUCAAUUAUUUUUUUGUUAAUUUUGUUAAUAUACUCAAUUAAUAAUAUGUACUCAAAUAAUCCAAGUAUUAUGUACUCAUUUUUUACAACAUAAUAAAGCAGCAAAUAAUUUUUUAAAAAAAUGUUUGUUUUUUAUAGACAAAACACUCACCCCCAUCAACUGGGAAGCUUUCUCGUCCUCACCAAUAGAAGAAAAAACUAUUCGACAAUUUCAAAAUUAUGUUAAUUGGGAUACGAUCAGUCGAAGACACAAUUUAAGCGAAAACGUUUAUUUCAGAAUUCGCGAAGGACUUAAAUUGGGAACACAUAUGGAAAAAUUACCAUUUUUCAACCUUAUUUAUUAUGCAAAAUAUGGAAUAUGCAAAAUGGGAUUUAAU